AUGGAUGUUGUUGAUGCGGGCCUGGUCUGGAUCUGGCGCCAAAAGAAGCGCCUCGUCAGCAGUGUUCUUGUGUUCUCACGUAUCCGUACAUCGUUGCUCAGCCAAGGUGACCGCGCUACCAUCCGCGAAUGCCUCAGAGCAUUACCGAACGGAGAAAAACUAAUCCCAAUAGUUACAACCACACUGAACAGUUCCCACUGCCGUCGCUGCUGCGUUAUCAAGGAUCAUCUGGACAAUAACUUGGUGCGCUGCGGAGUGCCCAAUCCAUUCACCGAUAAAACAGUUGAUCUUGGCAGACUUCCACUGUAA